AGAGGGAAAGGGAGGCGGAGGCAGCAGCUAGAGCUACAAGUAUAGCUGCUCAGGAGGCCCUCCUACAGGUCCCGGAAGCCAAUGCUGACCGGUUCCAGGAGAGGCUAGCUGCUGCCGUCGCAGCCUUGGUUCGACUGCGGAACUUGGAAGAUCUCGAGGCCCGUGUAACAGCGCUGGAGCAGCGGAACCAAGAGCUGCAGGCUGAGAUAACCAGCCUCAAACAGUCCCAACUGUCUGCCCCCCGCCACCCUAACCCUCGCUCUGUUGUAGUCCCGGUCUCUCAAUCAAACACAGUCCUCAUAGCAAGAUCAAGUGGAACCAUGGCAAGUGCAGGAACCGGUGUCAGCUCCUCGAGCGGCAGCGCCACCAGUUCUACGCUGGUAAUGAUCCUAAAUGCAAGGACCUCAGCCCAAAACGCCACAGUCCUUGCUGGCGUUCAGUACAACGGUCCCAUGGUGGACAAGCGGGCGGCCACGCUGCCGUCCAAGUACGACCGGAAGGCGGACAUUACCUCUUGGAUUAGUUCCAUGCGGUCAUACUUCGAGGUCAUGCGAACACCGCAAGAGGACCGAAGUAUGAUCAUGGGGACUAAUACCGAGCCCGCCGUACGCAACCACAUCGAGAUCCAAGUUGUUGCUGCAGGUUAUGAGAGGAUUGACUUGACAGAGUGGCUGAAGACGCUCCGCCGCGCCAAGUACAAGGCCAACCGCGACAAGUGUGAAUUUGCCCGGCAGGAGCUGGAAUACCUGGGCCAUUUUGUCACAUUGGAGGGCAUCAGUCCGCUAUCGGACAAGAUUCAGGCCGUCCAGGAGUGGCUGGAGCCUCGGAACGUCACGGAAGUUCGCUCGUUCCUUGGUCUUACCGGCUACUAUCAGCGUUUCAUCGAAGGCUACUCCAAGAUCGCGGCCCACUUGAACAAGCUUCAGUGCGAGGAUCGUCCGUUUGAUUUUGGAGAGGAGGCGCGGGGAUCAUUCCUCGCUCUCAAAGCCGCGCUAUUGUCUGCGGAGGUCUUGCGAAUCUACGACCCGCUCGCACCUACGCGUGUCACUACGGAUGCGUCAGGAUAUGGCAUUGGUGCAGUCCUCGAGCAACAUGAUGGUGUGGACUGGCACCCGGUCGAGUACUUCAGCAAGAAAGUGCCCCUCGUGCAUUCCAUCGACGAUGCACGCAAGAAGGAGUUCCUCGCCUUCAUCCACGCGCUCAAGCGGUGGCGGCACUUCCUCCUUGGUCGAAGCCAAUUUCGCUGGGUAACGGACAACAAUCCGUUGGUCUUCUACAAGACCCAGGACACCGUCAACAGCACCAUCGCUCGAUGAAUGGCUUUCAUCGACCAGUUCGACUUCUUUCCCGAUCACAUUCCCGGGAAGUCGAACCGUUUUACGGAUGCUCUUUCACGGCG